CCGCUGAAGCCGGAGGGACACUAUUUUCAGCUAGGCUCAGCCAUACAUCUGGCUUGUGCGGCUGAGGAACAAGAAGACGACUGCUUAUAUGGCACUCCUCCUCCUCCACCUCUGAGAUUCCUAGCCCGUGAGCUCUACGUUUGUCUUGAAUAAGUCACUCGCUCAGGGUUUGUACUGCAAGUAUGCGCUCCAUCCAAGAGUUCGCUGUCGCUGUCAUCAGUCUUGCGCCGCUAGCUUUGGCUAUUGAUCCAUCCAUACAUUCGCGGCAGGCCCAGCAGAGUCUUAGCACUGCGUUGUCAAGCCACGCCGAUCUCUCCACGUUCAACGGGAUUCUCAACAGCUAUCCAAGCAUCAUAAGCAACAUAACCGCCGGGACUAAGAACAAAGUCACCCUUCUAGUGCCGACCAACGAUGCGUUCACCAACUUCCUUCAACAGACCAACAUUAGCGAAAUCACACAGCUUCCCGUGAGCCAACUAUUGACCGUCUUCCGAUAUCAUACUCUAGAUGCUCCGUUGACGGCCUCGAACUUCAGCGCGCCCAGGGGCAUCACAAUCCCUACUAAACUUCGCGAUGAGCUCUUCAACCUUCGGACGCCUGGCCCUGCCAUGAUCGAUCAGUACGGCGACGAUGCUAAGGGUCAAGUACUCUUUAUUUCGCCGAGCACCAUAAAUCCCACCAAAAUCAGAGUCAGGCAAGCAACUUCUUCCGAUGAUCACACCGCAAGCCUACGUGGUGGUCUUGGUGAGACUGCGGAGCUCACGUCGAUCGACGGGGUAUGGGACGGCGGAUACUUCCAAUCUGUUGAUGUUGUUCUAGAAGCGCCGACGAUAUGCUCUAUUACCAUCAAGAAGCUGUCAAGCUCAUUAUCGGCUCUCGGGGAUGCCUUGGACAAGAUCAAGCUGUGGAAGCAACUUGAUAAUACCGCCAACAUCACGUGCUUGGGGCCUAACACCGCAGCUUUCAAGGAGGCAGGUAGUCCUCAGAAUUCUCUCGGAAACGAAGACCUCAAAAACGCGUUGCUCUUCCACACUUUACCUCAAGCGGCUUACAGCGACUUCCUCAUGGAUGGUCAGGAGUUCACCUCCAUGGCUAAUGUAACUGUCCGCGUCACCGUCAAGGAUAACGAGAUCUGGUUCAACGACGCAAAAGUCAUCAGCCCCAAUGUCCUAACCAACAACGGACUCAUCCACAUCUUGGACCGCGUCAUGUCCACCAAUGCCCUGCCGGACUCCUCGACUUCCUCUCCAACGGGGACAGGAACAGCUAGCCCUACUUCGGCUGCUGCACCGCCGAACGCCGGGAAUCCCAUUUCAGAAAACAUUCGCGCCGCCGCAGUCAUUGCUCUUGCGGCCGGUGUGCUGCUCGUGUGAAGCCAUAUCUCUCCGGGGAGGAAGAAAUAUUCUGCACCUGCAAGGAAGGUUGACAGGAAGAAGGAUGCUGUAUGUAGUCUAGGAGCUAAGAAGGUAAAGGUAGUUGCGAUCAUGGUUGAGCAAAGUGCUCACAGGGGAAAAGGAACGGAGCGAGUCUUCAAACUCCCAUUGGAGCUAUGCCGACGAAAAAGAUCAAUGCGCGAAACUCAUUCGCUGUAUAUAUGCCAUACUACACGUU